UAUCAAAUGCCAAGUAUUUCAAAAAACUGUAUUAUAUUUAGGUAAAAUAUUUGUGUUUCCAACGGGGGAACCAAGUGAAAGUGUUAAAUUGAAGGAUCAGGAAGGAUCUGAACCCUAUGUAACCCCUAUAUUGGACAUGGCUCAGUACGGUGGCAACGCCAGCCCGGGAAAUUUGUUCUCCAACAAAAUCACUGCCUUUCACGACAGGGACAGCCUAGAGCCUCGUCCUGGAAACAAAUACCGCCAGCGACGCAUCGACGGGAAUUUGGAGGAGCAGCUGGUCAAGGAAAAGCGUGUCACCAAAUUCCCGCUAGUGGGUGCCCUUGUCCACAAGGCACUGCGGCGUCGGGAGAGGGAAAAGGAGAAGGAUAUCCCAAAUCCGGGGAACAACCAACAAGACAACAACAACAACGAGGAUUGGGAACCGGACAGGAUGGUGCUACCGUUCGGACUUGGGCCCGAUGGCCACCAUGUGGACGCCAUUCAGAGUGCUCCGGCGCCCAGUGCCCCGCCCGCCCACAUGAUGCCACCCGCCUACUCCCGGGGUCAGACCAACAUCUACACAGGCGUGCCCAUCAUCGUGAAUCCCUACAUAGACUUCAUUGUCGUCAACGGGGAUGAUCGGUAUAUGAUCAGGUGCGAGAGGAAAUCGGUGCUCGAGCGGAGCGUGGAGCUGGCCAAGCUGAUCCACGCCGGUCCGAACAGCGGACGAAAGAGCGACAACCACUUCCAGAUACUCAACGUGGACAAGGACGACUUCGAGCUGAUCGUCCGCUACAUGGAGAAGCACUUCAUCCCCUAUCGCGACCACAAGCACCUGCUCAAGAUACUCGAGCUAUCCGAUCGCUUCAACGUUCCAGAUCUGAUCAUCUACUGCAUUCGCGAACUCGAUCUCAGAAUCUCGUGUGCCACCGCACUGGACAUCUUCAAGGCGCUGUGGUUCUACCAGGGCAUCGCGCUGACCAACCAGCACCAGACGGUGAUCACCACCCAGGAGACGGGUCAGCAGCUGGCCAAGAAGAAGGCGACCAAGGCGAAGGCGGCGGCCAAGCAAUUAGCCGCUGCCAAGGCCGCCCAGGCCAUCGAGAACGGAGCGGAGGGCGAUGGAGCCCAGGUGAACCUCAUUCCCAACCCGAAUCCCUUUACCACCGAGGACUACGGCGUUGCCCUGCUGCACAACACACUCCAGCUGAUCGACAUGCAUGCGGAGUUCCAGCUCUCGAUGCCUGAGAUUAGUGAUCUGCGCUUCGAGGAGCUGGAGACGCUGGCCAAAAGGGAUACGCUGCAGCUGAGGUCGGAGGUAACCCUGUUUGAGUGCCUGGCCACGUGGAGUCUGGCGGAGUGCGCCCGCAAGCACAUCGAUGCCACUCCGGAGAACCGGAGAACUGUCCUGGGACCCCUGUGCCUCACGCCCCGUUAUUUGCGAAUGACCGCCAGCGAAUUUCGGCGAUGCUGCGAUCGCCUGGAGCUACUGCCACCCACUGAGAUAUCACUCAUCAGCGACGCCCUCGAGGGCAAAAAGCUAAAGAACCUCACCGAUCAGCAGGCGGAGCUCAUGGAAAAGUUCCGCCAGCCCCGCGCCGAAUACGCCCGGAUGCCCGUGCACCUGAGCGACCGGAGCAGUCCGAAGAACUAUCCCAAGAAGAUGCGGCUGGCCCACGAGGGUCGGCCCACGGAGGAGGGUUGCUGGGAGAAGGUGGGCAUGAACUGUCUGCGCAUCUUCGUCUGCAUAUUCGACUGAUCCGAGCAGUCCGAGGGCGAGGAGGAGGACGAGGACGAGGACGAGGAGGAGGACGAGGACGAACAGGACGACGACGAGGAUGGUGGAGAUGGGUUCGGGGUCGGUGGAAAUGGAAGUGGAGGUGGCAGAAGCCUCCAUAGAGACGACGGUGGAUGAGAGGACGAUCCCACAUAGACUUGUUGCAUUAAACGAAUAUUAGCGCUUAUGAAUUACUUAUACAUAGAGUUAACGAUUACGUUAGUCUUAUGGGGGACAAGUAAUGGCCACUACUGUGGCAGUGAUUUUAUAGCAGCCGUUUCUAACAAUACUAUAUAGUGUUAUUUAUAUACACUCGCAGAUAUAUGCGAUGUGUGUGGGUUGAACCAACUGUCAACUGCGAAUCGAUUGGGUUUUUGUAUUUACUCGCUAGUCAAAUGGAAACAAUGGAAAUACCAAAACUUUUAUACAACUUUAUGCAACGUUUUGUAGCUGGACUCAAAAUACAAACAUAACAAAAAACAUAAAAUUAUGAAAUAAAACCGAAGAAAGUAAAAACUAAUUACAGAACUUAGGAAAUUAUUGCAUACUGCUAGGCAUAUAUCACACACAAAGUACAUCAAGUUAAUCAACACACAAAAAUUAUAGUGCAAAUCGUAUUUGGGCCCGGCCAUACAUACAUAGCUAAAGUCAUUAUUAUUAAUUGUUUACUAUACUUUUAACUGUUGUGCAAUUGUCAACAAAUGGAAUUUAUAUAUACACUCACCAGCAUUCAUACGAAUACACACAUGAAUACUAUAUAUACAAGUAUAUAAAGCGAAAAUGCGUUAAGAUCAGAACUAUGUUGCCGUUACUCGGUUCUUGGCUUUAACUCCUAUAACGAAGUGCUAUAGCUAGAUCGCAUAAAUAACAAUAACAAUCAGAUUAGCAUUAAUCAUAGCGAAUUACUUAUGUAAGCACACACCAGCAAAGCGCAGAGGAAACACACACAAAUUGUUAACAGAUUUAUGCAUUUUAUUAGUUAAUGUUUAGAACAAAGAACGCCUCGAAUUUGUUUCGCCUAAGUUGCAGCACGCUUUCUAGGCUGAAAAGGAGAAAAUUCCAGUGCGAGAUAUCAAUGAAGCAAAGCAUCAACCACAAAACAAGAAAUACAUUCAACAAAAAGUAGUUAAACAAAUAAUAAAGAUGUACACAAUUUUCUAAAAUAGA